AUGCAUAUCUUCUCUCCGCUCUUCGCCCUCACCCUCCUCCUCACCACAGCUAUCACAUCUCCCACUCCAGCUCCAGCUGAUCUCGCCAACGAGAUCAUCGCCAUUGAAGACGGAGCCGCGACACCUUGUCGCUGCGUGAGGUCCUGCUAUAACAACAUGAAGGCGUAUUGCGAUAGCUGUGCGACUAUUGCAGACCCGUGGAUGUGA